GCGCGCGAGUGCAGCCGUCGGACUUCCGGGGUUUCGACAUGAGCGGAAACACGAAGGUGAAGAUUGGCGUGCUCGCCAUCCAGGGUUCGUUCGCCGAGCACUGCGCCCACGUCAGGCGUGCCGGGGGUGAGGCCGUCGAGGUCAGGAAAGCCGAGCAGUUGUCGGGGUGCCAUGGUCUGAUCAUCCCCGGCGGGGAGUCCACCACCAUGGCGAACAUCUGCAGGCGUUGGAACCUGUUUGACUCGCUCCGCGACUUUCAGGCGAAGGGUGGUGCUGUCUGGGGCACGUGCGCGGGGCUCAUCUUCCUCGCCGAGCGCAUCAACCGCGGUGCGAAGGAGGGCGGGCAGGAGCUCCUCGGUGGCCUGGACGUCACCGUGGACCGCAACUUCUUCGGCUCCCAGAUCGACUCGUUCGAGACCAACCUGCCGUGCAAGAUCCCCGGCGACGACAACGGACCCUUCCGCGCCAUCUUCAUUCGCGCCCCCGCCAUUCUUUCCGUCGGCGACGGGGUCGAGGUCCUCGGCGAGUACGUUCUCCCCGCGGAGAAGCGCGCGGAGAUCGACGACAAGGCUCUCGAGAAGAUCAUCGUCGCGGUGAAGUCGAAGCGGCUGAUGGCGACGUCGUUCCACCCCGAGAUCACCGCGGACACCAGGUGGCACAAGCUUUUCGUCGAAAUGGCGGGUGAUUGCGAGGCGUACGUGGGUUUUGGGGAGGACGCGGUGGCCAAGGCGACGGCGUCGGAGAUCAGGCUGGUCGAUCCCGGGAAGCUCCCGGUUUUCGUCGACUCGGUUUUUGCGGGCGCCGCCAUGGACUGACCGCCGUCCGCCCCGUCGCGCUUAGAGGUGAACAUUAAUCUCGCACACGAACAUUCUUUC